UCUCUUUAUUUAGUUGGUGAGAGUUGAAGCCUCAAAACAGAUCGGUAUACCUCCUUGGUCCUCCGGUGUGGAAUAUUCAUGGUGUACACAAUUCUGAAAAGAUUUCAGUUAAUUUCUCUUUUUAAGCUGAAAUUACAACUUCUCCCCUUAUAAGUUUGCAUUUGGGAAUCAAGACAGUGCUUGCUGUGCAGAUUUAGGCACAUACUUUCUAUAACUCCUUCAACGAGUCUGCAUAUACUUAACACUCACUGUAAGAAAAAACAAACAAAUUAUGCAUACAUAGAAACAAAAAGUAUUUGUCUUAGUGCCGCGGUUGCCUUGGACAGGAGGUGAGCUAUUUGGUAUUAGACGAUUAUCUGGCUACCAAUUCCGAUCUGAAGGGAAUCCUACUUAUAAUCAUUCUUGAAAAUAAAUUCAGCAGUAGAGACGGCCGAAUCUUCACAUCAGCAGCACCACGCAAUUUUGCUCAAUGAAUUCACAUAUUUUGCAUAAUGUUGAUGUAUAUCAGGUUACAACGAUAUUGCAGAGAUCUUGACGGUUUGAAUUGAACAUUUAAUAGUUUGUCUCUCGUGAGGCCGUUUACAAAACACUAUAUUUUGUUGAGAAGAAACGUCAUAUUUGCGUAAACUACGUUACGCUGGUGAUUUAUUUAGAAGUUCCUUUCAACAAAAAUGAAUUUUACUGAAGGAUACAAGUUGGUGGAUGGUAAAUCAUUGAGGAACACACAUCGUGAUAUCAGACACCACCGUUAUCCUGAUUUUGUCUUUGGAAUCAAACCAAAGUUAUCCAUGGGCUUGCUCUCCGCCUUAGCCCGUGUCGCCUGGCCGCUCCUUCUCGUCACCAUCUGCGUAUAUUUGUUGAUACUCGUCGAUAGUUUAUCCAACAAACAUCAAGUGACAACACGACAGACAGAGUCAUUCCAAAUAUUGCAACAAAUGAAUAUCACACUCUCAAAUAGAACGUUAUUACAAACCUCUCACGAGCUGAAAGAUAAUACCGACAGCACCGAAAGAAUUCCUAAAUAUCAGCCUUACGUAACCAAAACUAAGGAGAACACAUCCUACAACGGUGGAAAUGGAUUAUAUCUGAAUGAAACCGUCGAUAAACACGAACACAAAUACAUUCAUAAUCCAUCUUUAUUCUGCAGAAAGAAGAAUUUGGAGCCCAAACCCAUCUUUUUGCUUAUCAUGAUUCUUACGGCACCAAAGAAUAUUAUACGACGAAAUGUCCUCCGUGGAAUUUAUAGGGCUGAAAGUGCAUGGCCGCGAUUAAGUAAAGGCGCUAUUGAGACGGUGUUUUUACUUGGAAAGACAGACAAUGGGAUACUACAAAGUAACAUUGAUAGAGAGUCUGAACUCCAUGGUGAUAUCGUUCAGGAGGACUUCGUUGACUCCUACGAAAACCUGACGAUAAAGACGGUCAUGGGACUCAAGUGGGUGACCUUUCAUUGCCGUCAUGCAAGCUACGUCAUCAAAUGCGAUGACGAUUCCGUUAUCAUUCAAGUGAGGUUUUUCGCAGCUUUCUUAAACUCACCAACGACAAACUGGGCGGCUGGCAACGCUCUCUUUGACUCACCGGUAGCACGAAACACCAGCGAAAAAUUCUUCCUUCCGAAAGACUUCUACCCUUUCCCGACCUAUCCUCCUUAUCUUAAUGGUCCUGGGUACAUCUUAUCUACUGAUCUUGUGGAAAGUAUCUACAAAGUAGCCAUCACCACACCUCUCUUUCCAUGGGAAGACGUCUUUAUCGGACUAUGCCUUCAGAAACUCGAAGUAGUGCCAUACAAUGUCGAUACAUUUUUAAUGUUUGCUCCUAAGUACUGGCCUGUUAAUUUGAAGGAGGACGGAAUGAAACCAUUUUGGGUUAAGGAAUACUCGCUGAUUACCAAUAUCGAACCAGAAUACAUACCGAUGAUUUGGGAAGCUGGUCGACUUAAUUUUAAGAAAUAUUGAUUAUUAUUAUUUUAUUUGGCAUAUCAAGUCACAUAAAUACAAAAAUAUAACAAACGUGAAUUGAGAUGAAAUCAAUAGAAAACAUAUAUAAAUAUUGUAAUAGCAGGUGCAUCAGGUCAAGCUGCCCGGGUAUCGAUGCUCAAUAUAUUAUUUUUUUGUUAUAGAGACUUUAUUACAGUUCUGGCAUUCGUUAUAAAUAUCUACAUAUUCAACCAUGUUUGAAAGAUUCAUAAGAGUAAUAAAGAGCGGGGUGUUGGUAGACAAGUCGAAUUAUUAGAGCAAGAUCUUUCAAUGAAUUGUGUCAUGUCUCUGAUCUAUCGUGGUGAUGUUGUAUUGUGAAUUUACCAGAUGAACAUUAAACACGUACUGUUAAUUCUAAUACAGUUACUUACAUUCAUAAAUUCGUUAUUACAUAGUAUAGCUGUUUACACAAAAAAUGUACAGGUUGAUUUAUUAAUAAUUUGUCGUCGCUAAUGAGACAACUUACCAGCUGGUAAUAAAAAAUUAUCGACAAUAUAAUUUUAUCAUUUUUUCUCCAGACGGGCGGUCGAAUAUAUUGUUGCUGAUUGAAUACAAAUCACAAACAUAUACGUAUGUAUUAUAAUUGUGUGCGAAUCUAAGAAACAAAAACGAGAGAGGCCUAUGGUUGAAAACAUAGAUAAUGAACAUGUUUAUUAAAAUGACUUAGAAGUUAUACCUGAUCA